AUGUCGUGGCUCGGUUGGGGCUCAGCCGUACCCGCCCAGUAUGAAGAACUAGUCGAAAAGGCAUGCUCCCCCCUCAACCUCCCUUACCCCCAAUCAGAAGACAUGGCCACCGCUUUGGAGAUCACCGACAUGAUCCGGUCGAAGGCAGUACAACCAAAGCCUGCCAUGCAGAGUCUCAAACGACGAGUGGGUAGUAAGAACGGAAGAGUUCAGAUGUAUGCCUUGUCGCUCAUCGACACCUGCAUCAAGAACGGCGGUGAUCACUUUCUUGCCGAGAUUGCAAGUAAAGAGUUCGUUGAUGAAAUAUCUGCAGUCAUCGAACAACCUGGACCCAGUCCAGAAGUGAAACAAAUGGCUUUGAGAAUGUUUCAAUCUUGGGCCAUUGCGUUCAUGUCCAAGAAGGAGCUCAGCUUUGUGGUGGAUAAAUACAACGAGAUGAAGAACAGUGGUAUCAAAUUUCCCCCGCCACCCGAUGCUCAACCUGCCAAUCUGCUCGAAACGACCACCGCGCCCGCUUGGGUUGACUCGGAUGUUUGCAUGCGCUGUCGGUCUGCUUUCACAUUUACCAACAGAAAACACCAUUGUCGAAAUUGUGGGUUGGUGUACGAUCAAGCAUGCUCCAGUCGCAGCAUGCCUUUGCCUAGAUACGGAAUCGUCGAACCAGUCAGAGUAUGUGAAAGUUGCUGGGUUAAAGGGCAAAGUGGCAAGCCAAACGGACCACCACCUACGGUUCCUGGUCGAACUCCUCGAACACGAGAGGAUCUCGAUGCGGAUCUUCAAAGAGCCAUCGAGCUGUCUCUAGCGGAGAGUCACGGGGGAGGACGAUUAGUCGGAUCUGAACCUCCCAUAGCUCGAAGGAGUGGGAAGGCGGCGGCGGAUGAUGAUGACGAGCAACUACGUUUGGCUAUUGAGGCGAGUUUGAGAGAUAUGGAAGCUAGACCUAGUGCACCGAUCGGAUUGGACGAGCCGGAGUACAAACCAUUACCAACGUUCGAUCUGACUACAAGAGAAACAGAAACGAUAUUGACAUUCUCCAACACAUUGGAACAGAUGGCUGCGUAUGGGGAAAGGGACUUGCGACGGUUUCCCCAAGCUCAUGUAUUAUAUGAACAAGCCUAUGCUCUCGGUGGGAAAUUGCAAAGAAAUGCAGAGGAGAAGACUACAAAACAACAAAUGCUCAUGGAGAUGCAAGAUAAAUUAUCUCAAGCCAUUACGUUGUACGGACAAAUCCUUGAUGGUCAACAAGCCUACGCCGCUAGGAAACUACAAGAAGAGCAACAUAAGAGAUAUCAACAAUAUUAUAAUCCUCAAUACGCUCCACAAUAUGGUUAUAACCCUCAAUCACAAGCGACUUCAUCGUAUUCCUAUGCACCACCUCAACAAGCGGCUUAUCAAUCAUUACCAUCUCAAUCAAACGGUUUGUAUCCGAAUAUGCCCAAUAUGAUGACUUCGUAUCAACCUUUUCAACCACAAAUGGCUCCUAAGGCGUAUACAUACAAUUCGGAACCUGUUCAAACAUCACAACAAGCUGUUCCCGUUCAAUCGCUUCACAAUGAUCAAACGAAUCUUCAGAGACAAGUAUCAGUUAAUUCAGUUCAAGGUUAUUCAGUACCGUCUGUAACGCAAGAAGUAUCUGCACCUCCGGUAGAUAUUACAUCUCAUCCUUCUGCUUCUCCCCAAAGUAGUAAAUCACCAUUACCAAUUCAAAGAAGUGCUUCUUAUUCUUCUUCAAAUGCACAAAUCUCGUCUCCUACAACUCAACAAUACCUCUCUCAACUCCAAUCACAGCCUCCACAACAAUACCACUCUCAACCUCAGUUUCAGUCUACACAAUCAUACCUUCCUCAAUCACAACCUCCACAACUGCAGGCUCAAUAUCAUCCUCCUCAAUUACAACCGCAACCUCCACUUCAACAACAACAACAACAGACUCAACCUUCUCAGCCAUAUCAACUGCAACCUCGACGUCCUUCCGAACCCUCCUCACAGGUAGCCAACGGAUGGCAACCAUCUCCCCAAAUGAACGGAUAUCAACCUCAUGUCUACUCGGCUUCGUCUUUCCCUUCUGCUCCACCUGCUUUCCCAGAUGCUCCUCAAGAUCUUCCAACACCGGAAGCUCCCAAAGAAGCGUUAUUGAUUGAGUUGUAG